AGUGUCCCAAGACAACGAACAUCGGACCUGAAAGAAUGCUCAACCAUGUCGGAGACUUUCCCCCGUCUGAAUGCUAGCGGCCCUGCUCAUAUGCCUGCAGUUUCUUGGUUUGAAUUUCUCCUGAACGAAAACCUUUUGGAAAACCACUUAUCCGACGAAUCCAGUGAUCCCACAGCUUCACAGUUGAUAGUUCAAUUCAUUCAGCAAGCAGAUGUCCAUGUGGCUAACCUGUACUCGGGGAAUGGGCAGCCAAAUAAUGGUUUCUCAGACUGGAAACCAGAGGCGAGUUUGGUUGAUAAUAAACAGCAGGUUAAAGAAAACAAGAAGAUCCAAGCGUUACGGAUCUUGGCGCUGAAGGUAGCUGCUUACUUGAAAUGGGAUUUAUCAUACUUAGAAAAUGGAGUGCCUUUACCUUUGGUUCAGUCACUGCUGUCUGAGCUGAUGAGGAUCUGCGUGGGUGGAGACUAUGAACUGAAAAAGUCUGCCGUUGAUGGAAUAGAUGGACUGUCGGACGAAGCUCUGUUUGCCAUACAGCUGUACCACAGAUGGAGUCUGAAGUCGAUAGUCAGAGACAGUUUUCCUGCAAAAGUUGCCAAAACUGGCUUUUUCCAAGGACCAGCUGUUGUAGAACAGAACAUUGCAGCCAUGGCUGCUAAUGAGGCAAUCGUGAAGGCUUGUAAGGAGCAGCAGGCAGCCUCCCUGAAGGUGCUCGAGCGAUGUGCCCAGUGCGGUCGCCCCUUACGAGUGCCCACCCUCCACAGUCUGGGCAUGCUCAAUGAGAAGACGCAGGAGGUCACUCAUAACUGGGAAAAGGGCAUAAUGGUGCCCUUUGAUGAGCUCAAAUGUCAGAUAUAUUACGACCUGGGAGCAUUCUAUUUUUAUCAAGAGAAUUACAGAAAAGCAAAUGAAUAUUUUAAUCAAGCCAAAUGUCUUUUUGAAACAAUAAAAGCACCAGUAUUUGUAGGAUUGGAGUUGUCUAGGUUAAAGGGUUACAGCACGGCAUGUAGUACCUUACAGGCAGUAUCUCAGGAAGUGAGUGGUCAAAUGUCACUGAUUGAACAGGCAGAGGCAUCCAAGAGACAAUUCUUCAAGGGAAUCACAGACAUACUGAUGGAGGACAACCUCAGACAAGAGCUGCCCAUGGAGUACAGGCUGGAUGUGGAGGAAGAGUUCAUCAAGAAAAAACCCAGGGAAAAGGCUGGAAUAUUCCAACUUAGAAUCUGUAAUAUUGUGAGGAAGGUGUUAGAGGGGCGAGCCGUUUUGUCUGAUUUGUCAGAAGAUCUCAAUAAAAAGCCCACUAACGUCGAGUUUCUCAUGAAAGUAUUACGACAUGCAAUGAGUGGAGCAUCAUAUGGACAAAGAUCAAAUCUGAAGUGCUUUGUCUGGCACAUUUUGCAGUCGUUACCCAGGGACUCUGACUUCAGCGAAACUCUCCUGAAGAGUGACCUCCGCUCCUAUUUUGAUGAAGAUGAAUACUCAGAGUUUUCUUCAUACGAGGAAGACGACUUCACCUUCAUGGAUGACACCUCUUACACAGUGGGGUCAAGGUCACCCAGAUCUAGUCUCUCUAGAGAUAGUAGCCGACUUGUAGGGGGUGACUUGGAGCGACAACUUAUUUGUGCCUAUGAUCCCAGUCUCAUCCGCCAUUUGGUCAAGGAAUUGUCCUACAAGAUGGGAAGACAAGCCUCCAACCUGCUGACAUUGAAUGAUAAGUGGAAGUUGCCCAGGGAGAUUCAACAGGGAUUGGAACCGCUAGCAGCAGGGCUGGACAAGAAUUACAUCUCCAUCCUAAUAGCCAAAGCCAGGCACUGCAUGGAGCUGAGGAUAUUUGACCGAUCUCGCCAGCUGCUGAGCAAAGCGGACUCUUUCCUCACACAAGACUCAACUUACAAACUCUCCAAACACAUCAAAUGGCAAAUGGUGCUGGCUGACCUACAGCAGUUCUUUCUCAACGAGACAUUCCCUGAGGGAUCCACCCAACAAGAUGUGGCCAAGAAGGCUAAGACCUGCAUCACAGCAUUACGACUGGACCAGGAUAUCCAGCCUAGCCAGGAAGUGCUGGAGCACUGUAUUGCAUUUCUGCUGAACAUGCAGGACUGGUCAUAUAUGUGUAAUCUGGAGAACACUCGCAACGGAUUCAUUGAGUUUGGUCGUCUCAUUUCCUGCACAUGUAAAGAUUUACCCAACAUCAAAAAUGCCAGGAAAGCUGCUCGCGAUCUUUGGGAUGCAGUGUUACAGAUUUUCUCCACUAAUACCCAACACAAAAGAAGCAACAGUGGUCGAGACAGCGCCUUUCACAGAGACUCCCAGUUGGGAGUCUUAAGCCGGGAACAGUUCGUCUCCUUUGUUCAGAAAGUCAAAGAUAAAGUUAUUCUCUCCACUUUGAUUUCCUGCCUGACAAAGUUCUACAAUGCCCUAAAGGACGACAUCUCCAAUGACAUUAUGAGUGACUUCCUGCCACUCUGGCCUACAGCUCUCAGCAACACAAACGCUGUGAACGUGUCGGCUGUCGCAGAUACAGUUGUGUUGGUGAUGCGCCAUGCGAUAACCAUGCACCCAUCAGAAGCAUCUUGGCUGCGAACCCAGGCUGAUCUUCAUUUAGCUCAUGGACAACAUGCCCCAGCGAUGAAGUUUUACCUAGAGUCAGGUGUGGUGGCCACAGAUUUCUUCACCGAAACUCACAUUAAUCUGGUUUACGAUGAACAGGUGUACAGGCGAAUGAUCAAGUGCUCCUCCUACCUCCAGUGUCACACACAGGUGGCUGUUCUUUGUCAGUUCUUGGAUGAAGUGGAUUAUGCAACGGCUUUCAAGGCUCUGCAAGAAAGGAACACGUACGACGCCAUGGACACCUAUUAUCCAUUUAUCUGGGACAUCAGUAUUUUGGAAUUCCUGAUACAUUUACAUACUAAACGAGGUGAAAUGGACAAGCGGCAAGCAGCUCUCAGGGCACUGAAUCAGUUGGACGUCAAUAGUAACAAUCCUGAAGACAUCCUUCAACAAGCCAUUCUUGUUCGCAAGAACCGCUUCCUACAGUCUCUUUCCAAACAGUAUCUCUGAUGAGAUAAAUUUGUGAUCAUCGUUUGCAAUGCUUGUACUUAGCCCCUACGACAUUUCCUGACCCAGUCAGAAAUUAUUUUCAUGGCAUUUAAAGUGACGGGUGUGCAUGUGAGGAUAUAGGUAUAAGUUAUGUAAUUGUUAUAAGAUACAGCAUCUAACUUGCACUCUAGUACUGGUGGUGUUGAUUGUGCAUUUGGUUGAUUGUGCGUUUGCUUUGUCAGAAAGAUGUAGAGGAGUGUUAAUACUUUAGCUACCGAGCAGCAGGUGUUCGUAUUUACUGAAAUUGGAGGGCCUCAAAAACAAGGACAUUGGACAUUGUAUUCAACACCUUAAGUAAAGGCAGUUAGAACGUAGUGGGCGGAAAGGGCAUAUAGUGUAAAUCAAACAUUAGGACAGGCUCCAGAGAGCUAAGUGAAAUUUUUCAUUGGGUGGUAUAGGGAAGUGUGUGGGGCUCUAUCUGCCAAGUAAACUCCCGGCUUUAUUGUUAUUACCACCAGACUUAACUGACUUGAGUGUCAUAUAUUGUGUACAUGCAUCCUAAAGUAUGAAUAAUAUUCUUUAAUGAUAUGUUUCUUUUGUUGCAUUUACUUUUUCUGUUUUAUUCUGUGUUAUUGAUUACAGAUGUGCUGAUUAUGUAACAGAGACCUAAAUGUUCUGAUUCACUUGGCUGUUUUGUAUCUUAUUGUGUAUAUAUUUAUAUAUGUAUCGUUAUGAAUUAGCGUUUGUCUCCAAUACUUUGUAAACUGUUUUUAUUGCUUAUUUAAGAUAAAGACUUAGAUUAAAUGUGAGUUAUUGCGUUUAUGGCGAAAGUGACCGUUGAAUCAUUUUGGAUAAUUUGUACACUACAAAACAGAUGUUACUCCUGACCAUAAAUAAACUAUUUU